AUGAAUGUGUCUCUCUUGCAUUAUCUCAUUUAUUAACAAUCUCCAUAUGAGUUUCUCUCUUCUGAGAAACCAAACACACUUUUACAAAAUGCACCCAAAAUCUCACAAUUUCACAAAACUCACAAAUUCUCAAUAAAAUCACAAAAACAAACACAACCCAUUUUCCAUUUCUACAAAAAGUUCACAUAUUUGAGUUCAAUUUAUCCACAAAAAUAAAAUAAAAAUGAGAGACAUAAUUUCAUGUUUCAGCGAGAAUUCAGUGAAUGUGUCUUCAUGUUCUAGCUACUCAAACAACGCAUGCAUCUCACCAACCGUUUCACCUUCAAUUCAAAACUCAAUUUCAAGUGUUUACAAAUUAAUCCUCUCAACAUCGAAACAUCUUUUGAUGACAGUAACUUGGUGUAAAAAUCAUUCAAAUCAAGGACUCACCAUAACUUUCGGCGAAGAUGUCACUUCAUCGGAUGCACCAUCAUUCAAACUCAACACAAAUUUGCGGUUUUUUCGGAAGAAAAAAGGUACAAAAUUGAUAGAUUUGGAGGAGUCAAAGGUAACUGUUUUAUGGGAUCUUUCAAAUGCAAAAUAUGAAACAGGAACAGAACCAGUUUCAGGGUUUUACGUUGUUGUUGUUGUAGAUUCAGAAAUUGGUUUAAUCCUGGGUGAUUCAGAAACAGUUACAAAGAAAUUGAAAGAAAAUAAAAACACCCAUUUUGCAAAAGUUUCACUUUUAUCAAGAAGAGAACAUUGUUCCGGAAAUACCCUUUAUGCAACAAAGGCUCAAUUUUGUGAUAGUGGUUCAUUUCAUGAUGUUAUGAUUAAAUGCAGUGUUGAAAAUGAAGGGUUUAAUAAAUCAUCAUCACAUGUUCUUUGUGUGAACAUUGAUAAGAAGAAUGUGAUUCGUGUGAAGAGGUUGAAGUGGAAUUUUAGAGGGAAUCAAAGUAUUUUUGUUGAUGGUUUAUUGGUUGAUUUGCUUUGGGAUGUUCAUGAUUGGUUGUUUAAUCCUGGUUGUGGUUAUGCUGUGUUCAUGUUUAGAACAAGAAGUGGAUUGGAUAGUAGAUUGUGGUUAGAGGACAAAGAUUCACACAAAGAUAAAGACACACUUGAAUUCUCCUUCUUGAUCUAUGCUUGUAAGACUUCAUAAGAUAAACUUCUUUUUUAUUUCUUUUUUUUCAAUUUCAUAUUUUUUAUUUUUUUUAACAGUGUGAUUUCUAAGGAAAAUUACUUAAUAGCUGAGAAUUUGGAGUUUGAUAUGAAGAUAAAUUAAAUCUAUGAAAUAAUUUUUUGUCAGAUUUUA